AUGGUCCUACAGGCUGGUAAAGAACAAUACAUGCUCGGUGGACCAGGUCGGAUUGUGGAAAUGGAUGAAGGAAAAUUUGGUAAACGAAAAGACAACAGAGGACGUUGUGUGAACGCUGACUGGGUAUUCGGAAUGGUGGAACGGGGUGGAGAACGCAAGAUGGCGCUCGCUGUUGUUCCUAACAGGAAGGCGGAAACACUUCUGCCGCUGAUUACUUCUUUUGUCUUACCAGGAAGCACAAUCCACACGGACAUGCAUGGAGGAUACAACAAGAUUGAGGAGUUGGAGGGCUACAGCUACAAGCACAAAAGGCUAUGUCACAAAUACGAGUUUGUGGCACAAGAUGGUACACACACACAAACGAUAGAAGGAAACUGGAGGGUGCUGAAAAAGAAUGUACCAGAAAGUCAGAGAGAAGGUAGUGAUUUACAGGAGUACCUAUACGAAUGCAUGUGGCGGCGCAAGCACACUAACAAUUUGUGGGCUUCGUUCAUGGAGGGCCUAGCAAAUCUGCGAUACAGGCCAGCUGAUAUUGAUAGACUGUGGGACCACCAAGAAUUCACCGACGAUCCUGACAACUGGAAUCCAGACGACACCAGUGAAAGUAGCGACGAUGUUAGUCUAUCGGCGGACUCCAGUGUGAGCGAAAUCAGUGUCAGUGACCCUUCGUCGGACUACAUGGUGAUCUAG